AUGGCUCCAUGCGAUGAUUUUGAUACGUCUCCUUAUGGUGGUAACCAUGGAUUUGACUUCAAAAAAUUUUCGGAUAUCACCAGCCGAAACAUUGAUGAGAAACAAUUAAUUGAUGUUAUUGGGGAGAUUGUAGCAAUUGGUGCUCUUCAAACCACUGUUUCAAGAGGACGAGAGAAGCAAUUCGUUGACAUGGAGCUUAGAGAUGACAAUAACCACACACUGAAUUGUACCCUCUGGGGAGAGCUUGCUGAAAGGGUUUUGGAACAUAUUCAUGCGAGGGAAUCAACGAGGAUCGUGGUCAUCAUUGGACAUGCCAUGAUUAAUAGCUAUAAAGAUAAAGAUCCAAAAUGCUCUAUGGAGUCGACUGUGUGGGUGGAUGAUACCAUGGAUGAGACUGUUAAUUUUAAGGAGAGGUACAAGAUGCAAUUAAGUGUGGAAGAUGGAACACUCGGAACAUGCAAGUUUGUGAUGUUCGAUCGUGAUAUUCAUCGACUUAUGAAUCGAUCGUGUCAAGAGAUUAGGGAGUCGAUGGGAGAAGAUGAAAAAGAACGUGGGGAAAUUCCCGAGGAACUUUAUCAACUCGUGGGUAAACGUGUAAUCUUCAAAUUUGAGGUCACUGAAUAUCUCAUUACGACAGGGAUGAAUGUAUAUACAUGUGCAAAGAUUGUUGAUGAUCCUAUCAUCAUUGAAAGGUUUGAAAAUGCCGAUGAUCCUUUGGAGAUGCAUGAGGAUGAGAUCACUGACCUCCCCUCCAAUGUUGCAAAUUCGGACUAUGUUUCUGAUGAACUUCAAAAGGGGAAUUCAUCAUACUCUGAUGCAAAAGAUGGUGAAGUUGAAGAUUAUACACUGACUUGUGAUAGUUCCGAGAAGAAGAGGAAAACUUCUGUUUUUGAUGAAGAAAAUUUCACUGCCGGAUCGUCCACUAUGAAGAAACAUUGUUGA